AUGUUUGGUUUUGAAUCGGGCCGAAUUUCCGCCAUGUUUUCGCGCAAGAAACUGACAGCGGCCAAGACGCGGCACCUGGCCGACCAGCUGAAGACGUGCUGCGGUAUAUUUUUGGAUCCCACCAUACGGUCGCCCAACAUCCAGCAGGACCGGGCGCAGAAGAUUCUCCGGACCCUGGUGAGAAGAUCUCGGCGUGACAUUAUCCAGCACAUCCCCGAGCGGGACGCCAUCCUGGAGUGUUCGCUGGUUUUGGUCCAAAAUUAUGUCGCCCAUCUACGACUCCGGCCGAGAGCUCUGUGGCACUGCCGCCGGAAGCCGGCGUUUGCCGAGGCGAAGAGCCUGUUCCAGGCAAUCAUCAACCAGCUGAUACCGGAACAGCAGGACGAGGUGAUCGACAUUAUACUGCGCUUUCUACAGCACGAAAACCUCUGGAAGGUGGAGUUCAUCUGUGUCGAAAUACUGCUGUUCGUGCUCGAAGGUCGAUCACCGUCGGCCCUCCUGCUAUCGAAGCUGAUCGAUCAGGUCGAACAGUACCUCGCACGGGCCGACGUCGAUCAGGUGCGGCACGUGCUGUCGGUGCUGCAAAGCAUCAUCGAGCCUCGCCACUGGGAUAUGAUGGAUUACUCGGAUCUCGCCAAACUGCUCCGAUUCUACCACAGCAGCGUCGUGAUUGGGACCAGCCGGAACCAGAUCUACGAACUGAGGCGUGGCUUCGAGACGUGUUUGAAGAACCUUACCUCGCUGCUCUCGGUGACCGACUUGGGUUCGUUUUUCAUCAUGAUACUUCCGCUCCACCUCGACACGGACAUGUCGGACGAGGCACGGAUCGAGUUUAGCUCGAUCGUCGAGUACGCCGCAUCGAAAAUGUCUCUCUGCGAUCCGCGUUGCACCACGAACGGGUCGUUCGUUAUCGACUACCUCCUGAGCCACGUGGUCGGACCGGAUGUCACCAAAUCGAUCCAGGCGGCCAAGGUGCUGACGAAGUUGCUGGAAAGUGGCCACAAUCUUACCCAGUUCCAGUCGCCCCAAAUCUUCCACAUCGAAACGUACUACGACAUCGUGCUGGGCACCGGCUGUGAAAGGCUUCGACAACUGCUGAUCGAUGCGCGACCCCAGUGGGAGCAUGCUCUGCUCGCGGCCAUCCAACGACACAGCCUGCGCAAGACAAAUCUGGAAGUGUUCUACCAGCUGCUCUGCGUGCUGCUUGUUGAGGCUCCGGGUGGCUUUACCGCUUCGGCCGUCUGCUGUCUGCUUCUGAAGGUGCAGAAGGCAUUCCUGAGUCCACCGGAGGGCGACGGUGCCGGCGAUUCGUAUCGGCAGCAGCAGGAGCAGAUAGAUCAUGGCCGCCGUGUCCAUGGGACCGUGAUGGCAGUGAUGACCCUGAUCAACUGGAUCCACCGGACCGGCUCGAUGAACGCGUACAUCAACCGCAUUCUUCACGCACGCUACGACGACACCCCGUUCCUUAACCCGCCGCUCCGGGAGCGGUACCAGUGUGCCCCGCACCACGUCUGCUGGUACGAGCCGGGCCUGUUUUUCGACACGCUCGAGAUCCGGUACGGGCUGUGGAAGUGUUUUCGCAUCGCCGAGGAGAAGAUUCCGAAACCGCCGGCCCGGAUGCUGGCGGGUGGUGCCACAGGCGGUAGACGCGGUCGGCUGCCUUGUACACUAAAGAAGUUUGCCGGAACGUGA